AUGGCAGCAGCUGGAGAUCUCCUAGAGCAGGAACAGUUCAGCUGUUCAAUCUGUCUGGAUCUGCUGAAGGAUCCGGUGACUAUUCCCUGUGGACACAGUUACUGUAUGGACUGUAUUAAGGGCUGCUGGGAUCAGGAUGAUCAUACUGGUGUCUACAGCUGUCCACAGUGCAGAGAGACCUUCACCUCAAGGCCUGUUUUAAGAAGAAACACCCUGCUGGCUGAAGUGGUGGAGAAACUGAAGAUGACAGGACUCCAAGCUGCUCCUCCUGCUCACUGUUACGCUGGACCUGGAGACGUGGCGUGUGAUGUCUGCACUGGGAGAAAGUGCAAAGCCGUCAAGUCCUGUCUGGAGUGCUUGGUCUCUUACUGUGAAACUCAUCUACAGGUUCACAACAACAUAAACCCAGGAAAAAAGCACAAACUCAUAGAAGCUACCUCACAACUACAGGAGAAGAUCUGCUCUCAUCACGACAAACUACUAGAGAUUUACUGCCGUACUGAUAAGAAGUGUAUCUGUUAUCUGUGUAUGGUAGAUCAACACAGAGGUCAUAUUACAGUCUCAUCUGCAGCAGAAAGGACUGAGAAACAGAAAGAGCUGGGGGCAACACAGAGGAAAUUCCAGCAGAGAAUCCAGGAGAGAGAGAAGGAGCUGCAGGAUCUGAGACAGGCUGUGGAGUCACUCACACGCUCUGCACAGGCAGCAGUGGAGGACAGUGAGAGGAUCUUUACUGAGCUGAUCCGCUCCAUUGAGAGAAGGCGCUCUGAGGUGAAAAAGCUGAUCAGAGAUCAGGAGAAGGCUGCAUUGAAUCAGACUGAAGGAGUCAUGGAGCGACUGGAGCAGGAGAUUGCUGAACUGAGGAGGAGAGACGCUGAGCUGGAGCAGCUUUCACACGCAGAGGAUCACAUCCAUUUCCUCCAGGUAACAUCACUGUCUCUCUGCCAAUCUGCAGAAAAGAAGGGGGCGUACUUACGCAGCAUCACCAUCAAUCCAGAUGUCACUUUUGGGUUCGUGAAGAAAUUUGUCUCUGAACUGAAAGAGCAACUGGAGAACAUCUGCAAGGAGAAAUUAGCAAAGAUCUCUGGAGCAGUGAAAGUUGUGGAUCUUCUAAAGGCUCCAGAGCCCAGGACCAGAGCAGAGUUCUUACAAUAUUCCUGCCAGCUCACACUGGACCCAAACACAGCAAAUACACACCUCUGUCUGUCUGAGGGGAACAGAGCAGUGACAUGUGGGACAGUGAAGCAGCCAUAUCCUGAUCAUCCAGAGAGAUUUAACUACUGGCAGCAAGUGUUGUGCAGAGAGGGUCUGUCUGGACGCUGCUACUGGGAGGCUGAGUGGAGUGGGGGGGGAGUUUAUAUAGCAGUCUCAUAUAAAGAGAUCAGCAGGAAAGGAAGGAGUGAUGACUAUUGGUUUGGACACAAUGAAAAGUCCUGGAGUUUGUGCUGCUCUGCUUCAGAGUACUCUUUCUGGUACAAUAACAAGAAAACUGAAACCCCUGCUCCUACCUCCCCCAGAAUAGGAGUGUACCUGGAUCACAGGGCAGGAACUCUGUCCUUUUACAGCGUCUCUGACACAAUGACCCUCCUGUACAGAGUCCAGACCACAUUCACUCAGCCCCUCUAUCCUGGGUUUUGGCUUUAUCGGGGAUCAACUGUAAAACUGUGUUCUCUGGAAUGA